CCCCCCAUGUCUGUGGUGAAGUCGAUCGAAUUAGUGCUGCCCAAGGAUGCCAUCUAUCUGGCCGGCUCCAGCCUAAAAGGGCAGGUGAUCCUUACCUUGAACAGCACCCUGGUGGACCCCAUAGUGAAGGUGGAGCUUGUGGGGAGAGGUUACGUGGAGUGGAACGAGGAGUCCGGGGCCACCCUCGAUUACAGCAGGGGUGUCAUCUGCAACAACAAAGCUGACUACAUGCACAAGACCAAGACGUUCCCGGUGGAAGAUAAUUGGUUAAGUGCAGGCAGCCACACCUUUGACUUCCAUUUCAACUUACCUCCCAGGCUCCCUUCCACCUUCACCAGCAGAAUUGGCCGCAUCUUCUACUACGCACAGGCGUCCUGCCUGGGCCGGGAGCUCAUUUUAGCCAAGAAGAGGAUUUAUAUAUUGGUUCAAGGGACCGCGGACUUCCCCCAAAAAAGCCCAUUCCAGAACCCCCUGUUGGUGGAGGCGGAGAAGAAGGUCUCCUAUAACUGCUGCAGCCAGGGCACCGUGCACCUGCAGAUCCACAUGGAAAAAAACAUCUUUGUGCCGGGCGAUAGGGUCAUCUUCACGACUGAGAUCAACAACCAGACCAGCAAGUGCAUCAAGUCCAUCCUCUUUGCCCUCUACGCGCAUGUGCAGUAUGAGGGCUUCACCCCCAAGACGGAGCGGCGGACGUACCAGGACAGGAGCGAGCUGCUCCGGCAGGAGGCCCACGCGCACAUCACGCCCUUCAACACCUCCCGGGUCGUCAGCACCUUCCACCUGCCCCUCGUGCUGUCCGUCAGCAGCAGCGGCCGCCUGCAGGACAAGGAUCUAAUGAGCACACGGUAUGAGUUGCUCAUCACCGUCCACCUGCCCUGGUCCCUGACCUCCAUCAAGGCCAAGGUCCCUGUGGUGAUCACCAGCUUGCCAACUAUUGGAUGUGUGGGAGCCGGCAUCACGGAAUUAAGUGCCCAAACGUCUAACUAUUAA